AUGCCCAGAAUGCACCUGAACACACCUCCCUGUAAGAUCAGCACACCCAUGGGUCACAGAUGGCAGCUUCUCUGUUAUCUCUGCUCUGUGGAUGAACAUAAAGGCCACAACACAGUCUCAGCUGCAGCAGAAAGGACUGAGAGGCAGAAAAAGCUCGAGGGGAGUCGACUAAACAUCCAGCAGAGAAUCCAGGACAGAGAGAAAGAUGUGAAGCUGCUUCAACAGCAGGCGGAGACUAUCAAUCUCUCUGCUGAUAAAGCAGUGGAAGACAGCGAGAAGAUCUUCACUGAGCUGAUCCGUCUCCUGGAGAAAAGAAGCUCUGAUGUGAAGCAGCAGGUCAGAUCCCAGCAGAAAAGUGAAGUGAGUCGAGUCAAAGAGCUUCAGGAGGAGCUGGAGCAGGAGAUCACUGAGCUGAAGAGGAAAGACGCUGAGCUGAAGAAGCUCUCACACACAGAGGAUCACAACCAGUUUCUACACAACUAUCCCUCACUGUCACCACUCAGCCAAUCAGCAUCCAGCAUCCAUAUCCAUCCUCUGAGCUGCUUUGAGGACGUGACAGCGGCCGUGUCAGAAGUCAGAGAUAAACUACAGGACGUUCUGAGAGAGAAGUGGACAAACGUCUCACUGACAGGGACUGAAGUGGAUGUUUUACUGCCACAACCAGAGCCCAAGACCAGAGCUGGAUUCUUAAAAUAUUCACAUGAAAUCACUCUGGAUCCAAACACAGCACACACAAAGCUGUUAUUAUCUGAGGGGAACAGGAAAGCAACAGUAAUGAGCCAAACACAGUCUUAUUCUAGUCACCCAGACAGAUUCACUGGCUGGGAGCAGGUCCUGAGUAGAGAGAGUCUGACUGGACGUUGUUACUGGGAGGUGAAGAGGAAUAGAGAAGUUUCUGUAGCAGUCGCAUACAAGAAUAUCAGCAGAGGAGGGGGGUCAGAUGAAUGUGAAUUUGGAUACAAUGACAAAUCUUGGGCGUUAUAUUGUACCAACAACAUUUAUACAUUUUGGUCCAACAAUAACCAAACUCCCGUCUCAGGUCCUGAGUCCUCCAGAGUAGGAGUGUACCUGGAUCUCAGUGCAGGUAUUCUGUCCUUCUACAGCGUCUCUGAAACCAUGACUCUCCUCCACAGAGUCCAGACCACAUUCACUCAGCCGCUCUAUGCUGGACUAGGGUUUUAUGGAGAUCUUUGUGGCCUUUUCUCAACUAAUGGAGACUCUGCUGAGUUGUGUAAACUGAAAUAGACAGAAGUCAUUUAAGGGUUAAACUCUGUGUUUUAACUCUUCGACUUAUUUAGUCUCCAUGUUUGUUGCUGAGAGCUGAUUGUUGUGACAUUCUAUUUUGUCAAAGUUUUUUUACACGUUUGUGUUGCUUUUUCUUAUUUUUUUUGCUUCUAUCAACAUUUUGUUUGUCACUUUUUCCGACAUUUAUUUGCUUUUAUCAGCGUUUUUGUAAAUUUGUUUGACUUUUUUUUUGCUUGUAUUGACAUUUUAGAAGUGAUUAGCUGUUUUUUGUUUGUUGAGAAAAACAUUCAGGGAGCCCCAGAAUCUCUCAAUGUGCUCACUUGAGAUCUGUUAUUUUACCUUUGAUUGUUGAAACAGGGACGAUAUGUUAAAAAAGAUCUUUACCGAGAUGAUCUGUAGAUAUGAGUUGUUGUUUGUUAUUCAUAUAUUUCUCCACGUUUUGUAUCUGCGGGACAGGAAGAUGUCUGUUAAAAAGCGGUGUCUUGUAAUCCCAUGUGGGACGGGCCAAAUGUUGGGCGUGACACAGAAAUCAAAUCAAACUAAAAGUGUAUUUAGUUUCUCUUUCACUGCAUGGCUCUGAAGAGAGAAAGCACCAGACCUCCUUUAUCCUACACACUUUGUUCUCUUUGUGGACAUUUGUAAAGAAAUCUAGAUUUACAUUUAUUUGUUUGGCCGACCAAAUGUCAUAAUCAUAAUCAAUAAGUCAUUCUUCUCUUUUACAUAGCUGAGAUUCUGGUUCUGUGUGGAUGAAGUGAAUCUGUUCAUGAAAUCAUUGAACAAGAGUCUUUGAACAGACUUUACUGAUGGGAUGUGUGAACAAACUGAAGCUUUACAUGAUGAAUAAACUAACAUGAACAAAG